AGAGCCCGUAGCGCGCGUUUGGCGGAAAGGGCAUCUCCGGAGAGCCUGCCCGAGGGUCCUACCCAGGCUGGCGCCUGCAGCGGAGAGAGGGGCCGGAGCUGGCCUGCUCACACCCAGACUCGCUUCCAGGUGCCCCCCACCCCGUCCUGCGCUGUCUGAGGCCCCGCCAUGGCCCAGCAGAGAGCCCUGCCGCAGAGCAAGGAGACGCUGCUGCAGUCUUACAACAAGCGGCUUAAGGACGACGUCAAGUCCAUCAUGGACAACUUCACCGAGAUCAUCAAGACCGCCAAGAUUGAGGACGAGACGCAGGUGUCAAGGGCCACUCAGGGCGAGCAGGACAACUACGAAAUGCACGUGAGAGCCGCCAACAUCGAGUGGAAGCCAGAGGCCCGAUGGCACCUGCCAUGGCAGCAAUUCACGUGCCUGCGGCGGCUGCCGGGGACCCUGCCCUCCCCUCGCUCACCUCCUAGACCCUCACUCCUGGCGACGGCCCCGUGUGAGUGCCGCGGCCCCACUUCGCGGGUCCGAGCCGGCGAGUCCCUGAUGAAGCUGGUGUCUGACCUCAAGCAAUUCCUCAUCCUCAACGACUUCCCGUCAGUGAAUGAGGCCAUCGACCAGCGCCGCCAGCAGCUGCGUGCCCUGCAGGAGGAGUGUGACCGGAAGCUCGUCGCGCUGCGGGACGAGGUCUCCAUCGACCUGUACGAGCUGGAGGAGGAGUAUUACUCGUCCAGGUACAAAUAGGGCUGGACCCCGUGCACGGCGGACCUGCGGACCCGGGCCCGGCCAGCAGGGGUGGCCCAGCCCCACCCGGCAGCCUGAAGGUCCUUGCUUCCAAACCCUUCCUGGUCUCGGCAACAGAACCCUUUGUCUGGGUUUCAGAGCAGACCUCAGGGUCAGAACAUCUGAUCAACAGACAGCUGAUGCUGCCUCCCGGGGCCUGGGCAUCAGAAUGAAAAUCAGAGCCUCGAGGGUUGGGAGGGCCAGGCCAGCGUUUCUGUCUGGGGGCCCAUCUGUCUGUCUUAAUCGUCUAAUCCAGGUCUAAACAUCCCAGCCACGCGGGGCCAGUGCUCUUGGCUACCCAGCCCCUGUCCAGGACCCCAGUGCUUGCCCAGGGUUGUGAUUCGCCAUGGGUGUCACCGAACACCCACUCUGUGUGUGUCGGGGUGGGGGUUCCUGGGAAGGAGGAGGAGAAAAUCCAAGUGGAGUGUGGCCUUGAACGCCAGGCCUGGGCACUUGGACCAGAGUUCCCAUUCAGCUCAGCGUUAUUCACAGAUCACAGCCCUCCUGCGCGCUAGGCCCAAUCACAGCAGUAGGCAAGGCCUGUGACGCCAGCCCUCGUGGCCUGCUUACAAUUCCGAAACCAAGGCAGUUUGAGCUGGAGGGACCCCAGGAAAUCAGAAUCCAGGGGUAAUUUACUUAAGGGGAAGCUGAGGCUGGAGAGGCCUCGCACAUCCGUCGUUAGCUUGGAAAAAUCAAGACUCACUCCAGCAGAUGCGGGGUUGGCACCCCCUCGCCCUCGCUGGAUAAACGUGUCUUUCCUGUCAUGGAUUUUCAUUGCUCCUUUCUGUCCCGUGGCGGCCAGGGUGGGGCCAAAGAUGCCCAGAGCCAGCAUGUCUGUGUCCUGAGGCUUGAUUUCUGUGUGCGUUCCAGUGCCACCCCUCACGGUCCCUCCUGCCUUUACCUUCGUGGGAAGGGACAAGUGUCACUGCUCGGUUGGAGUGGUUUAAACUCUUCCAGAGGGUUCUGCGGCCACCUCUCAUCCCUGAUGCCUACUGGCUCAGCAGACACACAGCAAGUGCCUCCUGCAUAGUAGCCUUCAGUGAGGGGUCCAGAGUGGUCCCUGGGGAGGUUCAGACCCUGCUGGGGGCAUUGCUCCUUAUGUCCUUGUGUUUGCACCCUUGUGGCCCCCAUGGGCCAGGGCCAUGGACUGAAUGUCUGCAGGAGAGAGCUUAGCCCUGCCUCUUGAGACUGAGGGCAAUGGGGGCUGAAGGGGAACGCCUGAGAGCCAGGCUCCUCCUGUCCUGGCUCCAGGCCGUCAGUCUGGCUCAGAGGGGUUUCUAGUCCAGCCUGGGGUCUUUGAGAGGCUGAGGCCCUCCGUCUGUAAAUGCCUGUGGUGGCCGGGGCUCAGCUGAGUCAGGGCUAGCCGGCUGUGGGCCCCUCCCUGCUUGUCCCCUACACAGGCGGCGUGUCCCCGCCCCAGCCACCAGCGCUCAGCCCGUUCUCCGUGUGCGUCUCCGCUGCCCACACGCUCGCUUCCCCGCUUUCUGCUCACGAUUUGCUUUCUCUGCCUCUCGCCCUCCACUCUCCGCAAAACUCUGCUCUGUGUCCAGGAUGGUUCUGAGGCUGGAUGCUGGGGGCGGGAGCGAGAGGCAGGAUUCGGGAGGAAGCCCGCGGGACAAGUGUGGGGAUGGGCAGGCCCCACUCGCCCCCUGGACGGCCUCCACGAGCCAUGCUCUGUUCACCUGCAUCCCUGCCCUAAGAGGCCAGCCGUGCUGUCCCCACACUAGACAAGAUCUGGUGCGUUCAGUGUGGCGUGGCCGUAGACUGUCCCCGCGUUAGAGACGGGAGCCUGAGUUCAAGGUGCUGGGGUCCUGUUUGAGGUCACACAGCUGGUGCAGGGCUGCAGGACAGAACGCCAGGGCCUCUGCUUCUAACCGCCACCCCAUUCGGGCUGAGUCCCAGGCCCAGAGAGUAGACAGGGUCUGUGCCCCCAGGGCCCUUGAGAAGUGCAGGGACCAUGGAGACCACCUCUGGACGCUGGUUCCUGCAGCUAGAGAGUGGAGCUGGCAGCUCCCUGCAGGAGGAAGGCAGCCGGAGCCAGGAGGGACACGGAUGGGUCAGUGGAAGGGACCUGCCGAGGUCACACAGCCUGCCAGUGGCUGGUCCCAAAUGGGUCCCUGUAGGAGCCCCUGGAGGACCCGGAAGCAGGCGCAGCUCACCGUGCACACGGGAGGA